UUACAUACCUAAUAUAGUAAUAUAACAUAGUAGUCUUUGCGCAGCAACCAAGUCUAUAAAGAUGAUAUUUUGCUACAAGCUCUUCAUCUUUGGACCGUCGAAUUUACAACUUAUCCAAUCAUCAUACCUUCUUAUCAUCAUCAGCUAGACAAUAUAAUAUAAUAUAAAAAACGUUGUAUAGUAUUUUUAUCUAUAAAACGUGAUCCAUAAAAGAUAUUGUAUUAUAUAAUAUAACGUAUUAAUGUAUAAAUAAGAAGCCGCAAACCGAUUCAUAAAAUUAUUGGUAUAUAUGUAAUAAAUUUAAUAUAUAAUAAGUAUAUAUUAUACACCAAUUUAUACUCGUAUACAGUAGUAACUACUUGAAAUAAUAACCCUAAAUGACUAUAUAAUAUAUACCUACUUGGAUUUUAUAUUUAUAUACACACGUUAUCAGGACCGAUUUUAAAUGGUUAAGAAAAACCGUGACCUAGACCCUAUACAGAUAGGCUCCAUCCGUAUUUUUUUUUUUAGAAUGGUUAAUAUUAAAAUAAUAUAUUUACCGUGUGCUGGGCCUGUGGGCUUCAAAUUAUUAAUCCGGCACUGCACAUUAAAUUAAGACUUAACAAACUAUAGUUAUAGUAGGUAUAUACUGAUACUAUAAAUCAACUUACAAAAAUUAUCAUAUUUGAACCAAGUUGAACGUGUUUUUACAUAACUGUGUGCGUUUGUCGUUGAAGUCGAGAAACCUACUGCAACAUCAGUGAAUGAUAUAAUAUGAAGAAUUCUAUCACAGUGGCAAUAUACGACCUUCUUUUUAUUCAUCACACUCUAUCCGGGUGAAUCGGAAUUUCCACGAAAAUCGUUCCCUGCAAAAGUCGUUUAAGUUACGAGGACGUCUAAUUCCCUGAUAACAAACAUUUGAGGAUAAAAUGACGACUGCUGCAAUCGUAAAACCAGUCACCGGUCGUCGGGCGGCAGCGCUGACGAUGACGGUUACGACGGUUUUGUCGCUGAUGAUGUGUACGCCCGCGGCCAACGGUGCCCGAAUACUGGCCGUGUUCCCGUACAACGGCCACAGUCACUUCACCAUGGUCGAACCGCUGAUGGUCGCCUUGUCCAGACGCGGUCACGACGUGACCGUGAUCAGCCCGUUCCCGCGACGCAAAGGCGGCGGCGGCGGCGGUGACGGCGACGGCUUAGGUCGAUACGUAGACUUGGACGUGUCGGACGCGCUGCCGCCGGUCAUCAGCCAGCUGAGCGUGACCGACGAGUUCGAGCACCGCGUGAACCCGAUCACCGGGCUCCGGGACCUGUGCCAGAUGAACCACAGGGUGUGCGAGGCCACUUUCCAACAUCCCCUGGUCCGCGAUCUGAUCCGCGAGCCGCGCGCGUUCGACGUGGUGUUCGCCGAGGCGUUCUCCACCGACUGUUUCGCGGCGUUCGCGCACGCGUACGACGCGCCGCUCGUGUCCGUCCGGACGUCCGACUACUCGCCGCAGCUCAACCGGCGCGUGGCCAACCCGGAGAACCCCGCGUACCUGGUCAACCACCUGCUCGAGUACAUCGGCCACGAGAUGUCGUUCGUCCAGCGGCUGAUCAACGCGCUGGCCACGCACUUCGGCGCGGUCGGCUACCACGCCUUCUCCGACGGCCCGUCCACCGAACUGGUCCGGCGGCACUUCGGCCACGAUACGCCGCCCGUUCCGGAAAUCGCGCGCCGGCGCACCGCGCUCGUGCUGGUCAACGGCCACCACAGUCUGUCGCAGCCCCGUCCGACGGUGCCCAACGCGAUAGAGGUGGGCGGCUUGCACAUCGCACAGCCCGCGGAACUUGAAAACUACGUGGCGAACGAAUGGACAGAUUACUGCGAUUCGUGUGAUCAAGGCGUCAUUUACGUGUCUUUUGGUUCGUUGUUAAAAGGAUCGUCGUUUCCAGCUCAAUUCACAACGGCAUUCGUACAAGCUUUCGAAGCACUGCCAUAUUGUGUACUAUGGAAAUACGAGGGCGAACUGGUAUCCAAACGGAUUAAAGUGUCCAAGUGGAUGCCCCAACAACAGAUUCUGAGUCACAAGAACAUCAAGGCGUUCAUAACUCACGGUGGCCUUAUGGGAGUUAUGGAGGCUGUACACUUUGCAGUGCCAAUGAUUGGCGUACCUGUGUUCGGCGAUCAACAGUCGAACGUCGCCAACUGUGUUGCAAAAGGUAUAGCCAUCAGACUCAACUACCGACAGAUAACCGCACAAAAACUGAUCAAAAGCAUACAAGCCAUCGUCACAGAUAGCAAAUACCGGUCAAAGACUUCCGAGUUGUCUGCAAGAUUCAGAGACAGGCCAACAAGUGCACUGGAAACAGCCGUGUUUUGGACCGAAUACGUGAUCAGGCAAGGCAAUGCGACCAACAACGCAUCUCCAGCAAUAGAUUAUGAUUUUUAUCAAUAUUUUUUGUUAGACGUAAUCGGCGUCGGACUGUCAAUUCUUAUAUUUUUAUUUUACAUAGCGUUCCAAAUAAAAAAAUGUAUACAAUAAAAUAUUAUAACACACUCGUGAUGUGAUUGAUAAAAUGUAUUAAACCCGAAACUAAAAUGUACAUAUUAUCGUAAAAAUAAUUAAUAUAAUACAUUUUGUUACUAUACCAUACUCAUACCAUAUUUAAGUAAUUUAUUAAGUUUAUCACAGCAAUUAAAAUGUAAUUUUUACAAUAUUAUACAUCCAUAAUAAUAUAAUAAACUGUAUAUAACAUAAA